UUUGUGCUGAGUGGGCGCAGGCUGCGUCCCGCAGCUCCAGGAGAAGGCAGAGCUGUGCUGGGAGCCCACUAGAGAUGCCCCUCUUCGGGAAUACAUUCAGUCCCAAGAAGACACCCCCUCGGAAGUCAGCCUCUCUCUCCAAUCUGCAUUCUCUGGACAGAUCCACUCGAGAAGUUGAGUUAGGAUUGGACUAUGGCACUCCAACCAUGAACCUGGCUGGGCAGAGCCUCAAGUUUGAAAAUGGCCAGUGGAUAGCAGAGUCAGGGGCCUGCGGAGGUGGGGAUCGAAGGGAGACCCAGCGACUUCGGAAAAGGAAUCAGCAGUUGGAAGAAGAGAACAAUCUCCUGAGGCUAAAAGUGGACAUCCUGCUGGACAUGCUCUCUGAGACCACUGCUGAGUCCCACCUCAUGGAGAAGGAACUGGAUGAACUCAAGAGCAUCAGCCGGAGGAGGAAGUGAAGCCAGAUGCCUUUAAGUUGUCUAGCUGAGCCUUGGGGUUGUAGGGUCAAGGAUCAGUACCCACAGGAUCAGGGAGGAAGAAAUGCUAUCUCCAUCUAAAGACACUUGAAUGCAGAACUGGCCGGAGCCUCACCUCCAGGCCAGGGAAUGCUGAGACUCCAUGUGCUAGGAAUCUUGGGGGCAACAUGGGAAGGAAGCAGGCCCAGCCAGAGUUGAAGUGUUGGGGGAGGAAGAUGCAAGCCCUGCUUGGAAGAAGCACCCCCCCCCCCAACUGAUUCUUCCCUUAACACUCUGGACACUGUUUAGCUGGGUUGUCAGCUGCUUCUGAAAAUCUCUGGAGUGGCCUCAGGUCCAGCUCCACCCUCUAACCCAUGGCUCCUAAGUUACUUGCUGGGGGCUACAGCAGCUUGCCCAUUUCAGGCUGUUCUGGCCUAGUAUGGUUUUUCUAGUUUUCACUUUUUCCUUUUUUUA